UUUGUAGGAAGAUAUGGAAUAAGCUGUCUUAUCUGAUCUCUGUUAUCUGAUCUCUGUUAUCUUUGAGUCACGUGAUGCUAGCUCCACUCUUUACACUAAAGCUAAAACAGAAGAUCCUCCCACGGAGAGUUACACUAGGAAAAUUUGAUGGUGUAAAUCCUAACUUAGCAUGUGCUACCUCUGCCGGAAAGGUGUUUAUCCACAACCCGUUCAGUGGGUCCCAGAUGAGCGAGGGAAAGAGCAGCAGACUAGUUACCUCUGACAACCUUGUACCUGAUCUUUACUAUCUCAACAUUGGGCAACAGAUCUCUGCGAUGGGUGCGGGAUGCCUGGGUGCUGAUGACAAGGAUACCCUGUUCGUCGGAUCACAGACUCACUUCCUGGCCUACGACGUUCACAACAACUCCGACCUCUUUUACAGAGAGUGUCCGGACGGGGUGAACACGAUAGCUCACGGCUACAUUGCUGAUUGUGAUGUUCCACUGGUGUUCACUGGUGGUAACUGCUCUAUUUCUGGCUUCUCAGAAGACGGAGAUGACAAGUUCUGGACAGUAACGGGGGAUAACGUGUGCUCUCUGGCUCUUCUCGACUACAACCAGGACAACAUCAACGAGCUGGUGGUGGGUUCUGAGGACUACGAGAUAAGGGUCUUCCACUCUGAUGAGAUGAUAGCUGAGAUCACUGAGACCGAGAGUGUCACGUGUCUAGCUGCUAUGAACGGCAGCAAGUUCGGGUACGCUCUAGCUAACGGUACAGUGGGAGUGUACGACCGUAACUCACGCUUCUGGAGGAUCAAGUCCAAGAACCAGGCGGUGUCCAUCUUCUCGUAUGAUCUGAACGGAGACGGAGUACCGGAGCUGAUCACGGGGUGGAGUAGUGGUAAACUUGAUGCCAGGAGUAGCCAUAACGGAGAGGUAGUGUUUAAAGAUAACUUUGGUUCAGCAGUGGCUGGCAUCGUAGAGGGCGACUACAGGCGGGACGGGACUAAACAGCUCAUUACCUGUAGUGUGGAUGGGGAGGUUCGAGGUUACUCUCCCGCCAACAAGGAUUCGUCCCACAACCUGAUGGAUAAUGAUGCAGAACAAGACCUGGUCAGAGAACUAGCGCAGAGGAAGAACAACUUGCUCCUAGAACUUAAGAACUACAGUGAGAACACCAAAGCAGGAAAGGAGGUUGGAGGUUUGAAACUGAGCGCUACAACCGACGUAGACGGCCAACACAUGGGCAUUAUCCCAGCUAACACCCAACUACAGACUUCCUUACAAGUCACCACGGAAACGGACAGCAUGCCCUCCCACGUGCAACUUCUUAUCAAUACCACUAACACCACCGUUAUCAAGGCAGUAAUGAUAUUUGCCGAAGGGAUAUUUAACGGAGAGAGUCACGUGGUACACCCACCUUCCAGUGGAAUCACCUCCGCUCUCAGUGUCCCUAUAUUCCCGCCUAAAGACGUCCCCAUUGACUUACAUGUCAAGACUUUCGUCGGGCACAAGAACAGUUCACAGUACCACGUGUUUGAGCUAUCCCGCCAGCUCCCUCGCUUUACCCUCUACAUCCAGGCUCCCACUAACACCGCUAAGCCCAAAUCUUUUGUCUCCUUCCCGGUCAACGAGCGGAUAAACCGGGUGGUGAUGUGGAUUAAUCAGAACUUCCUGCUGGACGAGGAGGUUUGCGCAAUUUCUGCUGACACGGAACUUGAUCUAAAACUGAUGGCGCUGAGAACUGGAUGUCCAAUAUUCCUCCACAUGGUUCCAGGUACAAUAACGAUACACUGUGAGGAUAUUGACUUGGUUGGGGAUAUAGUACAGGCUCUAGCUGCCUCUCUUAAUAUUGAGAACAUGACAUCCACCGCCAACUUCCCCGACUUUAUUGAGAAGCUUAAAGAGGUACUGGUUAAAGUUGACGAGUAUCACAACGUCCGACAGAAGCUUACAGCAGAGAUGGCAGACCACAGCAAUCUGAUCCGGAGUCUGGUGGUACGUGCGGAGGACGCGCGCCUCAUGAACGACAUGAACAGUAUGAAACAGAGUUAUCUCAAGUUAUACGAUCUUAACAGGGAUCUUGUAAACGGUUACAAUAUUCGUUGUAACAAUCACUCCGAGCUACUCGCCUGUCUCAAGAUUGUCAAUCAGGGUAUUCAGAAAGCAGGACGUCUGAGGGUAGGAAAACCUAAAACUCAAGUUGUAACAGCCUGCCGAAGUGCUAUCAAACAGGGUGACGUUGAAAAACUCUUCAAAAUCAUCGAAUGUGGUGGUGUUUGAAGCCCGCUUCUUAUCAUGUAUUUUUUGUACAUUUUAUUUUCAGUCCACAUUACUUAUUUAGUAAAUAAGUUAUUUACUUGAUGUAAUUUUAAUUCAGAGAGCACUUUAUCUUGGUUGUUUUUUAUAAUGUACAUAUUCAUACGCGUACAGAUUAUGUAUUAUAAUAUUAUAAUGUCCAUAGCAUUACAUUUAAGAUUUGUGAGGGCCUGGAGCCUUUGUUCGUGUGGUGUAUAAUGUAAAGAAUGGACAGAAUUAGAACCAAAUAUUUACGAUUUCUUCCAUAGUUUAUGAUAAAACAUACAGAGUUUUCAGAUUGGUUAUAACUUGUAUAAAUUAUAUAAUGCAACAAACGUUUAUAUUAUUUAAUUCAAAAGUUGAAUACGAUCUCUAGUCUUUUGUUUUUUCACUAAUAUGAUCAUAAGAUUAAGGUUGAUUUAUAAAAGAAAAUUGAAAGUAUAAUAUACAGAUAGCUCUAUCAAAAUAAGUUGUCAGAUUUUUUUGACUCGUGAUACUGCAAAUUGAAUGGUUAAUCGUAAUCACGUGUUAAAACAAACUUGUACCCAUCAUUACCAAUAUCAAUGAGAACAUCUGAUUAUUUAUUACAUUAAUUAUUUAGAUAAUUGAAA